UCCUCUGUAGUGGUCAGAGAUGAGUGAACAGCCAGAAAAAAGCAGUGCAGCUCAAGAGAAACACACAGGCGAAAGUUCUCCGGAGAAAAACUAUCAGAUUGGACAGAAGCAGCUGCAACAAAUAGAGCGACAGUUAAAAUGCCUGGCAUUCCAAAACCCUGGACCACAGGUUGCUGACUUUAACCCUGAAACAAGGCAGCAGAAAAAGAAAGCACGGAUGUCAAGGAUGAAUGAGUACUUUUCUCCAAAAAACAAGGUCAUGAAGAAGUACGACAAGAACGGCAAGCUCCUCUGUAACAACAUGGAUCUGUGUGAUUGCCUGGAGAAGAACUGCCUGGGCUGCUUCUACCCCUGCCCCAAGUGCAACUCCAACAAAUGUGGCCCUGAGUGUCGCUGCAACCGCAAGUGGGUCUAUGACACCAUCGUCACCGAGUCCGGGGAGGUCAUCAGCUCGCUGCCCUUCGAUGUCCCUGACUAGCAAGCUGUCACAUCUGGACCCAACAGAUUUUCUUUUCUUUUCUUUUUAUUAUUAUUAUUUUUUUUUCAAGAUGACUUAAAUCAGCCUCCUUGCCUUGGUGAGUUCCAUCGGUUUGGGGUUGGGGCAGGGUUGGGAGUGGGGGGGGGGAAAUGUUGGAAAAACAUACUGAAACCUCACCUGCUUGGAAGCCCCAACGUCGAACCGAUAGUCAUCCCAGAGGCAUCUGAAUCUUCUCUCAUCCAUUAUGUCCAGAAUGUGACGGCGACCGGAUCUCAGCAUAGCUCGCCCACACCCCAUCUUGACUCUGCCUUCCAGUGGAAAAAAAAAAAAUCCCUUUCCUCUUGAGACAAAUGUCAUCUGAAGGUUUUA